AUGGACGCCCUCCGCUCCCUGAUCCAGCCGAUCACGCACAACCUGCCGGGCCCGAUCCGGGACAUUGGCGUGGGCCUGAUCGGCGAGGCGUGCUACCAGGCGGUGGUGCUGGACGUGGACGAAACCAACACGGAGUGCAUCAAGCUGGGCGUGUCCAAGGGCCUGGGCGUGGCGAUUGUGGCAGCAUCGGCCGUGGUCAAGGUGCCGCAGAUUGUCAACCUGGUGCGGUCACGCUCGGCGGCCGGCGUGAGCUUCCUGUCGUACCUGCUCGAGACGACGGCCUAUCUGGUCUCGCUGGCCUACAACGUGCGCAACGGCUUCCCCUUCAGCACGUACGGCGAGACGGCCUUCAUCCUGGUGCAGAAUGUGGCCAUCACGCUGCUGGUGCUGCACUACAGCGGCCGGUCGGUGCAGGCGGCGGUCCUGGCGGCGGUCCUAGCCACGGGCACAGCUUCGCUCUUUUCCGAGGCGGCCGUCAAUACGGAACUGUUGGGCUACCUGCAAGCCGGCGCCGGCACGCUGGGCGUGGCCAGCAAGAUCCCGCAGAUCCUCGCCAUCUGGCUGGAGGGCAGCACGGGCCAGCUGAGCGCCUUCACGGUGUUCAACUACCUCGUCGGCUCGCUGUCGCGCAUCUUCACGACGCUGCAGGAGGUCGACGACAAGCUGAUCUUGUAUGGCUUUGUCGCCGGCUUCGUCCUCAACGCCGUCCUGACGGCCCAGAUGGUCUACUACUGGAAUGCACCCGCCAAGAAGGCCGCAAAGGCCAAGAAGCCCGCCAGCAAGAAGUCUGCCGGCAAGAAGCCUGCCGGCAAGAAGCAAUAA